AUGGAACAGCGAGAUCUGCGUAAGCCGACCAAUGGAGUUCUGAUUAGGCAUCACAGUGCGACUUCCAUCGGGGGCAGUAGUCCGAACAACAAUGGCCAUGCUGCUUCCGGGCACUCCGCUUCCGGCACCGGGUCUCCACAAGAAGUUUGUACGCCUUCCUUCGCAAGCGAACGUGUGUGCUCUUACCACAUCGAGCGAAGAUUUAAGCGGAAAGUGCGGGACGUGCACACCCCCUGUCCCUUCACGCCAGCCGUUCAGGAUACGGCCACUACGCCUGCCACCGCUGUGCCUUGCGACGGCCUUCUGUACACCUCGCCUUCUUCCGAGUCGCCGGACAACUCCGGACGGACGCCUGCUUCGGACCUGCGGUCGCAACCGGCGCAAGACCCGGCGGGGUAUCCUACAUUCGACCACCGGCCCGUAGACUACCGGAAUGUGACAGACUACCGAACAGAAGCAAAUGGACCGAUAGAAGGACCCCGAUCUGUAGGCCACCGGUCUGUGGGUCAUCGAUUACACAGACGAUAUACACCGAGCCAGACAAAUGGCACGGAUCACACGAGGCCUCGGUCGAACGACGAGCGGCCACACUUCCGACCGGUAGACCUCAUCCCGCCACCGGCCACUGUCGAGGACGCGUCCAAGUUUGCCGAGGUCGCCAAACUGGCCGACUUCCUGCCUAGGAAAACCGAGCACAGUCGCCUGGAACUGCAGCAGCCCACGGACGCUCUCCCGCGGCUACAAGGCGCCCCCGUCCUGUCCCGAGACGGCUUCGGAAUGAGGCCGCUGGACGCCGCGCAGACCACGUCUGUUUCCUGGUUUCCUCUCCCCGGCGCUGGCGGCGCCUUCGACAGCUCCUGCUUGAGCCGGGAUGGGUCUGCGGGUAAACUGUCCAAAGCUGAUGGCGACCCGCAGUUAGGGCACCGGACCGGGGACGGCUUGGUGAGUGGCAGUCUUAUCGCUCCAGACGGGCUGGCUGGCGGCGCACUCGUGAUUCCCGACGCUAUCGGGGCGGCUGGGGAAGUCUAUGCGUCUGUCGAAGUGUAUCCGUCAGUGGACGGAUACCAUCCUGUUGAAGGAUAUCCUCCGGUGGCUGAAGGUUACCCCGCCGCGGUUGAAGGAUACCCCGCCGCGGUUGAAGGAUACCCCGCCACGGUUGAGGGAUACCCUCGGGUUGAAACAUAUCAGUCGGUCGAACCUUACUUCCGGGUUGAAGGAUAUGGUGCGAUCGAACUGGAGACUUACCCCUCGGAACCUUACCCCGCGAUCGAAGGCUACCACGCUGCCGAGAUGUACCCGCCCGUGGACGUGUACCAAGCGGUGGACUUGUAUCGUGCAGCGGACGUGUAUUCGACUCCCGGAGACCCUGCGCUGGUCGGGGCUGUGAGUCCCUCGACGGUGAUGGGGCCCUCGUCGGCAAACUCGGCCACGGUGCCCAUGUCCCCCACGCUCAUUGCCGUCCCGGGCUCACGGGGUGAGAUCGCCUCUCCACUCGUGGGGUCUGUGCAACACAUGUCCGGCCCCUCCCCGGACCGCGACCUCACGUACCAACUGGCCAGUCCGCGGUCUCUCCCGCGGUCUCCGCCAAGGUCCCCGGCUCGAUCCCCGUCCCGGUCACCACGCUCAAUACCGCGGUCCCCACCGCCACUGGUCAGUGACUCGGUGAGAGACUCGGUGAGAAACUCCGUGCGAGAUUCCGUACGGGAUUCCGUGCAAGACUGCGUGCGGGAUUCCGUAACGCAAACACGAGACUCUGUGACAGCCUCGUCGAUGGAGUCUGUAACGGACCAAGCGACUGGAGUGCAAACGUCGAUGGAGACUAGCACACCGCGAGGCUCGGCUGCGAGUCUGGAGGGAUUGGUGCUGGAGGAGUUACGCACGCCGGACCCUCUGGAGGAGCCUACCGGCUUGCUCUCUGGCGAGCCGGGGUCGGGCGACCCCGCCUUUGAACCCGGUCUGAAUGGGGUGCGCGAAUCCGUGCUACACGAACCCGUGCUACACGAACCCGUACUUGGCGGUGACUGUCCCAAGGCGAUGGACGAGUACUUGCAAGCGUUUGAAGAGGAGGAGGCUUCUCUCGAAUGGUCUGCGGACGCUUGCAUACUCCCCCCGUUCCCCAACUUUUUACAUCGGGACCAAGUGUCUCUAGAGGACUACACAGCCCUCGUCCUCGCUGUGAACGGCAUUCCCUUGACCAAGAGGAGCGGGAAACUGGCCUUAUACAGCGGGAACACAGAGCAGCUGUUUAGAGACAGGGAUCUCGAGUUUCGACAACAGUACGAGAAUAAAUGGACAGACAUGAACGCAGAGGUCUGUAAGGCAUGGCCGUGGUUCUCCAGGAGCACCGUCUACCAAACCUCAGACACGGAAAUGUGUUCUUGGUUCACCAGUCGUGGUGAGAUUGCAAUUCAGACUCAGCUUUUAAACCAUAUCGUUACUGGUUCAGGUAAACGGGACGCCAUCCAGAACUGUUACAAGACGAUUGAAAGCUUGAGCCAGUUGUGCGAUAGUACGAAGUACGAAGAGGAGCGUCGCAUCCAGAACUUAUUGCGGCGAUUUUUGGAACAUUUAAUUACGAUAUAUUUAGCUGACAUUUUGCCGGCGCAUCAUAACCCCAAGUUGGAAGACGUCUUGCUAACGUUGGAGGACCUGGACGGGGACGUGAGUCUCCUGACCUGGUGCGUGCUCCUUUAUCCGCGCUACACGGAACUGGUAUUGGAUUCCUUCUGGGACUGGCUGGAAACGCGACUCAGCCCGACGCGGCGCUCCACCGGAGGUGCCACUCGCAAGACCGGCGCUGAUGACGCUCUCCUCAACGACGGCCUCCCCAAGGACGGCCUCAAGGACAGCGACCGAAUUCGAAACACCGACCGCAACGGCGACUCAGAUUCCGACUCGGAGUCUCCGUCAAUUCCGAUUGACCGAAUCACGACGUUGAUGACGGACAUGCACUUGGUGCCGGGCGAGAUAAACGAAGACGACUUGGCUGAAAUCUGGACGUCGGUCGGCGUAGCCUGUUCGACGAACCAAAUGCGCGCGUAUUCCGCUGGGACGGCGCACGUCUCGGCGCCCGGCCACGGCCAGACGUUGCGCCGAGAACAGUUCGUGGUCGCGCUCAGUCACGUGCCCUUUAACACUCCCGACUUCCGGAUCUCGCCGCUCCACGAUGAGGAGGUCGGACUCAGCGUCGACGAUCUCAUGGCCGCCGUCCUGCGCGCCGCCGACGACAUCGUCGACGUCGUCGUCCGACGCGCAGCCGGAGAAGCCGAACAAGCCGAACAACUACUCUCCCAACGGCGCGUCCAAGUCACCUUCACCGCCGGCACCGCCACGCGCACCCAAAAGCAACUCAACGCACGCAAUCCUGACUUCGCCGUACAGGACUUCCUCGCCAGCUACAUGAUCUCUUGCGAAGAAAUACAAUCUCUCCUGGCACUAGACGUUCUAGACCAACCACUCAUCGCUGUCGCAGCCGACCCGCACGCCGUAUGUCCCAAUCUCCGUGUCAUACAACUCGCACUCCAGCUCCUCAUCACCGCCACCUGCGCCUCAAUGUCCAGCGCAGAGAAAUUCACACUCCGAAACCCCAUGGGCCCCCUCGCGAUCGAAGUCAAGGAACAAGACGUGCUCGCACGCUCCCGUCUCGUCAAUAUACCCGUCUGCGGCCCUCACAACCUCCCUCCCUCCGGCGGCGCUCCCGCCCACGACUUGACGACCGCCCACCACGACCUGAGCGCCCACCUCCAAGACCCUCGGGCCGAGACGGACGCCCGGACGCCUGCCGUGCUUGACAAGUGCACCUUCGUCGUCCGUGCCGCCAGCGAAGUGGACGCUUGCAUCGCACACCGACGCCAAAAAGCCAUGGACGUUCUGAGCAACUCGUUCCAGCCCACAAACUCGCCCGAAAGCCCCGCAGCCCAACAAGUCGAUUCCGCCCCGCCUGAGGAGACACGUGUACACUUAUCCAAUGACACCCACCUCAAGGCCUUCGUCCUGCUGCACUCCGCCGAGUGCCUCAUCGAAAGCGCACGCGUCAUGGUCACACCUCACAAGAAAUUCCCCAAACCCGCCGUCCCGCUCAAUAGCGACGGCCUCCACACAGGAGGUAAGCACACUCAUCACUCACACCACUCUCUGCAGACCCACAAACCUGGACCGACUUCUGGACCCAACACAACAACCUAA